CAAAAGCCAAGGCCAAAGUUAAUAGUUACAACGAAUUAUUCAAUAAACGAUAACAAAGAUGAUAGUUAUUGGACGACUCGUGCACUGGUGUCAGACCACAUGACUAUACAUCUGAUCAACUGAUCACCGAACACAUCAAUUCAACAGAUUUAUUAAAAAGAAAUUUAGCAAGACAACGAAAGUUAGUUUAUGAACUUAUGUCAUGUCGACUUAUGACUUAUACUUAUAACUUAAUUACUUAUUAAUUUACAAUUUAUAACCUACGUUAUCGUAUGUUCUGGUACAAGUGACAUUUUACAGUACAGUCUGAGUAUUACUUAUUCUGAUUAUUCAGUAUAUUAAUAUAGUUAAUAUAGUAGGGCCUAUAGUAAGUUUAGUAUAAUAAUAAUUUAUUAAUUAUUAAAAUUAGUUAAUUAUUAAUACCUGAUGAGUGUAUACAGUCUUUAAAGAAAUAAGAACACUUUUUUAUUAGUUUUUUUUUUGUCUAAGUCUUACACUUCAUUUUUUUUUUUUUAGUUUAAAUAACUGUUCUGUAGUACCCCCACUACUACUACUUCACUACAAUACUACACUAAAGUAAAGUGUCUAGAAACUAGAUAUUAGAAUAGGCCACAUGAAUGACUAUUUUAUUAAGUAUCUUAAUCUUAUGGGUAGAAAUAAAAGACUAAUUUAAAUAGUCAAUAGUUGUCAAUACACAUGACAUUGGUUGGGAUAGGAUGAUAGGGCAUGGGCCAUCCAUAAAUAAAAGUAAAAGACAUGGUUAAUUGGGAAAGGGGGGGGGGGGGGGGGGGGCAAGUCACAAAUUUGUGAUGAUAUGUGACUGUCUAAUUUGAUUUAAAAUUUAGGAAUGGGAGGGUGUAAAAUAAUUUUAAAAUGAUGUGAUUAUUGUGAUGUUAUUAUUAUUUGCCCUUUCUGUGUGAGCCCAUACACAACUUCUCUUGUGUUACUAAUACUGAUUUAAUUCUUCUUUUCCUUACCAUCAGAAAGACUAAUUAAGACUCAAAAGUAAGAAGCCAAAGCCAAGAUGGGACUUGCCCCUUUGAUUAACUGUAGUAGAAAAAACAGUCAAUUAAUGAGAUUUCUUUGUGUACUAUUAUGGAUCGCACAAACUACAUCUCAGACUCUAAGCCCUGAUAAAGCAAUGAAUAAGGUAUUGUUAUAACUAUCAAUAAUCACUAUGUAUAGAAUAAGAGUAAUCUUCUAAUAAUUAUUUUUUGCUAAAGCAUCCCACCAAUCUUGGGCAAGCUUUAGAUUUUUUUGGCUGGCAUCUGUUACCUUGCUUCCUAUAGAUUCUGUGUUAGCCAAGUGCAGGUUAUCAGAAUGUGUGACUGAUCCAUCUCCACUGUCUUUGAAAAACUUAGACCUCAUUGCAGGUCCUGUCUGAACAAAUGGUGGUUUUCACUCUAAAAGUUCUCCAGUGGGAAAAUCUACUGUUUGUUUUUCUACUUGUUGUUUCUUUACUAAUUGUAAAAAGAAUUAAUUAGAUACUAUGAUUUAUAAAUAUAAUUUAAUUCAAGGUAUAUUCAUUUAGUGAUGCCAAAAAUUUUGCCUGGGGUGGGGCAAGAAUUUUUAAUCACUAUACUGUACCAUUAAUAUUACCUUAGAUUAAAUAAUAUUAUCUAAUUUGAUCAGUAAACGUUCUGAUGAUGUCAUUUUUCUUUGAUAUAAAAUGAGUACAGCAAAGUAGGGUUAAACCUGGAAAAAAGGAACGCAACAAAACAAUGAACGUGUCGGCAGGAAGCCUUCAUCAGGGAACAGAACAACAGUAAAAAUAGUAAAAAAAUAAAAAUAAAAAACAGCACUUAGCUUAGAAGUAUUAUCCAUGGGCAGCAAAUGUGACAGAAAGUAAGUGAGUGAGAGAUUAAAUAGAGAGAGGGAAAGAAAAGAGGAGAAGUACGUCCACCGCGAUAGGUCGGGACGUGGAGGAGCGGAGCUAGGUUCAAGCUGUGAAAAAGAGACAUGACAUUCAUACCAUGUGGCGUCAAUGUGCCAUAAGUCAGGAUAAGCCUGAGUUCCAAAUUCACACGGCUGGGUGUAUUCCUGCUAGCCACGAUCGCACUUAUUGAAAAGUCUGUCUUGCCCUGGUGGUCGCUACUAUUGAAGUGUUUGGAGACGGGACACUGUUUAUCUUGUGUAAUGUUACGGAGGUGUUUGGUCCACCUGUCAGAGAGUCGGUGUCCAAUCUCCCCUAUGUACAUCAUCUGGCAGCGGGUGCAAACAAUGGCGUAGACGAUGUUGCGGCUUGUACAAAGAAAACCGUCGCAUAUCUGAAAACUACCCUUAGGGAAACGUACGUGUUGAGUCUGGACCACAAAAGGGCAGGUGUUGCAAUGGCUGUGUCCACAUGGCUUGGUCCCAAAGUUGGAGGGGGCAGCAUUGAUACUACUGCGCACAAGGUCAUCUCUCAGAUUUUUAUCCCAUCUGAAAGCAAUGAGAGGUGGGGAAGAGAAAAUUUCUCGUGUGUCUGUGUCUGCGAGUAGUAUAGAGUGGUUUUUAAGGAAAACAUGUUUAACUAUAAGAUUGUGAGGGUGAUAAGUGAUAAUAAAUUUGGUCCUGUCAACAUUGUCGCUCAGGCGUGGCCUGAGGGCAUCAGCAUGGGUAAUAUUCUUAACCCUUUGAAGGGCUGAUGAAAGUAUUGUCUCCGGGUAAGACCUACACCGGAAAUAGUCUAUCAUUUCAAGUGCUUUGCCCCAAAAGUCCUCCUCCCACCGACAAAGUCGACAAAGACAAAGUAAUUGAGAAAAAGGAAUAGAGUCUUUACAGGAUUUAGGGUGGGAUGAAGAGUAGAGUAGAUAGCUGUGGCUGUCAGUGGGCUUAAAGUAGGCAGAGGUGAGUAGGCUGUCUUUGUGAAGAGUGACUGUAAUGUCCAAAAAGUUGACUAACGUUAACUCCAUAGUAGUGACCCCUAUACCGUCAUCUAUGUACCUCUUAUAGAAUUCAGGGAGGCCUCCAGUAUAGCUGCUUUCGACCAUGUGUUCAAAAUGCCCCAUGAACAAGCAUGCAUAGCUGGAUCCCAUCUUAGUCCCCAUAGCAACACCACUGAUUUGGUCGAAGAAUUGGCCGCCAAACUCAAACGAAUUGAGGGUGAGGACUAGUUCAGCCAAUCUGAGGAGGGUGUUGGUGGGUAUAGACGGAUGGGGUUUAGUCUCUAGAAAGAAUUUGAGAGCUAUGAGACCAUCAGUGUGGGGGAUGGAAGUGGUUAUUAACCCAUUUUUCUUUGAAUGUGCUUUUCAGAUUAAAUUUUUAUUUUAAAUCUGUGCUUUCCAUGAAAGCAAAUAAGAAUUCUUUUAGAAAUGAGUACCGGUACCAUUUCACAAAAGUCAAGUUGAAAGUUAUAAAAAUUAUUUUGUUCCCCAGCCUGUACAAAUUUAUUAGUGUGGUCUCCCAGGGGUUACCAAAUCUAAAUGUCACUAAUUAAGACAUUAUUGUCAUCAAAGGAGUAUAUUAAUAGUUCAUAUCUGAGCUAGAUAAAUAAUUUAGAUGUCUUGUAUUUAAGUUAUAAUUGUAAAACUUUGUCUUAAUUAAAAUUAAGAAACAUUUUCAUUUAUUUGGAUCAAUAAAAUAAUUUUUUAAUUUGUUGUAGUUUAUUUUAGUUAAACUUAAGAAGUAAGUUUACAGACAUAUAUUCCGUUAAAUUAUCUUUCAUUUGAUACCUCAUUUUGUCUUAAACACCCAACAAUAAAAUGUUAAAUCGUUUUUUAAUCCCAACCUCUCACUUCUGGUACCCGGAUACGAAUAGCCACUUCGUUCAGGUAACCUUUUAAAAAUGUAAACUAAUAUUAAUAUUCAUUUAUAAUAUUUGUUGACUAUAUUUUUAUACUCUGCAUGAACAAGGCAACACCUGAGGUCCCUCAUCUGUGUAAUCUGGACUGUCGUUUUGAUAUCAACAAAACACAUGUAGCUGAAAACUGUCUAAGUCAUGGUUUUGACAUGAUAAAGAGAUGUUGCAUUGAUUCUACUGAAGACUUUUCUGUGGUUGAUGUCAUAGGGUGAGUCUGAAAACUAUUAUUCAGAUUUUGUAUGUUUGUGCCAACACUAAUUCUUAUGGAUAUCAAUUUUUUAAAUUUUAGAAGCGAUUUGAAAUAAUCUGGACCUAAUGCAUUCACUGAACAUUGUUUUAUUUUUCAUCUGUCUGCUUCCACCGUGGAGGCAUCUUUGGAAAAUUGUUUGAAAUCUUUUUUCAUUCUCAGCUGAAUUUUUUUACAUUUAUUAAUAAAAAUAAUAAAAAAGUAUUUACCCAAGUAGGUUGCUGGUUUGCACCCAGGUCAGUUAGAUGUCAUGUCCUGUCACAUUGGAUUGAAAGUGGAAAUAAAAUUAUUAAAAUUUGCUGUGCCCCUAUGAAGGAGUUGUUGUGCACAGGUUGGGAACCACUGGGCUUCGCAUAAAGGACCACAUUGAAAAUUUAUGACAUAUUUUAAUAUGCUUUGCUGUAACUUGGUUGAAUUGUAGGUUUCUUGUCAUAAUUGUCCAUAAAGUCAAUUGAAACAGAUGGGGGGUUGAAAAUUCUAAUUUGUACUUACACAUGGUGGGGUUGACCAAAAUGUAUGAGUGCAACAUGGGUAUGAAAAUUUGAAUUUUUUGUUCACAUUACAUUAAAUAUGGAUAGAAUAUUAUUAUAUACGAAAAAUGCAUAUUAAGCAAUUUUGUCAUUUAAUAUUCUAUUUUUAAUAUUACUUUAAGAUUUUUUUGUGUUACCAUUUUCAAUAUUACAAUAUAAUAAAGUCAUUUUUAUACAAAUUAUUUUCUUCAUUUGGAAAUGGGCAGCUCUUUAAAAAAAAAAAAAUAGUUUUAAUUAUUCUUAGAUGAUGAUAUAAGAAUGGGUAAUGUGUUGUCCAUUAUAUAAUAUUGUCCAUUAUAUAAUAAGCAUAUUAGUGUUUUAAUUUACAUUUAUUUUUAUAUAUAUAUAUAUAUAUAUAUAUAUAUAUAUAUAUAUAUAUUUAUUUAUAUAUACCCGGUAUAUAUAUAUAUUUAUAUAUAUAUAUACACGUGGUAUCCUUCCCUAUUCUCAAGGCAAUGGAAUAGCUAUUGACACUUCAUUAAAUGGCUUAUGGGGCAGAUUCUGGAAUGGCUGCCUCGGCUGCACUUCUCUGAGGAGAACCUUGACUCCUGGUUAAAUUUGGCCUCGCGUAAUGCUCUUUUUGUUGCAAGGGCUUUGUUUUUGUAUGUCUCCUGCCUGUUUAACGCCUUCAUACACUGUUCGUCAGCGGGAACUGGGUUCAGUGAAGAUCUCCCUUUUUUUAUUUCUAUGUUGGCUUCGCUCAUGUUCUUUUGCAAACAUAAAAUCACAGCCACAGCUGUCGAAUAAGUCUUACCCCUUUUGACAACUCUCCAUUCAGCAGAUCAUUUAUGGUAGUAUUAAAAUAAGGUAAAAAAUUGGUUAGAUUGUCUUUUUAUACUUAUACUCAUAUGGAAGGAAAGCCUAUAUUUCUUAUAUUUCUUUAAAUGAUGAUCAUGUAAAUUAAAAAUUAUUCCAUAUUGUUGUAGCAUUGAUUUGCAAGAGUGCAAUAUGACACAAGAGAUCUUUUCUACUGGUAUCAUAGGGAUUAACACAUUACAGUACAUGUAAGUAGAAACCAUUCUUUAAAGUAUGUGCAUACUCUGUCAUUGUUUAGGUAACAGUAACAUUUUUUUAUUAGCAUCACAUUCUGAGAUAUAUACAAGUUACCAUUUAAAAAAUAAGAAUUAUCUCAUAAAAAAUAAUGAACUGAAUAAAUUAUAAAACAUUCUUGAUCGUGAUUUUUGUACGCUUUUAUGUGUGUUUCUUCUAAAAACUUUAGAUACGGUACUCAUAUGGUUAAUUUUGAAUGAUGCCUUAAUUUUAAGUGUAAAUGAACUUAUGAGAUAAAGAUAGAAUGCCUGCGUAAAGGAAUAUAAUAGUACCAGUAUCCAAAAGUCUUGUUAGCCAUUUUUAAGUUUUAUGUCAUGUUUACAGCUCUUUGGAGGGAAAUGAUUUAAGCAGCUUAAAUAAAACAGACUUCCACAGGAACACUGGGAUCUUGUAUCUGUGAGUAAUUUUGGCUUAUUACAAAACUUUUUUUUGCAAGGUUUAUAUUAGGUGGCUCAGAGAGGCUCCUGAUUAUUUAAAUUAAAACAAAAAGUGGUCGUUGUAGAUAUAAGGUAAUGCUUGUUCAUUUUGAACUGCCAGAAACAAGUUUGUUAAUUAUGUUGAUACCCGUAUCACUUUUCAAAAGUUAUUGUUCCUUACAAACUGCUGUUUCAAAUGGAUAUUACUAGAAACUGAUACAUAAUAAAUUUUUCAUUAAAUUUUAAUUGUUUAUGGACAUAAUGUACCUUGAAUUAAACAAUGAAAGGUGUGAAUGUUUUUAUUUAAGCAACGACACAUACUGAAAAAUUACUGCAUUAUUACUUUUUUUAAUAUGGUCAAAUGUUUUAGUUGCAACAAUAAAUCCAUGAUUGCACAUAAUUUUUCAUGCAAACAAAAUAAUUACAAAGUUAUUUUGAGGUAGGAAAGGUUUUAUUGUUGUAUUUUUAGAUUUGAAGAAGGAUAAUUUAUUUUUGAUAGUUGUUGUCAACUUGUAUAAUUAAGAAAUUAUUUAUAUACAAAGUCAUUUUUUAUCACUUUGCAACAUCAUAUUUGAGUUUCUAUUCCAGUACAGUUAUUUCUAGAGAGUGAAAUAAUUUUAAACCAUUUUAAACUGUGAAACACGUCAAAUAAAGUUUAUGUGAGUCAGCUCUGUAGUAUCAUCUGUGAAGGCUACAAUGCACCCAUACAUUGCGUCUUCAUGCAUCAUCAAUAUAGCCAUUGAUUUUUUUUUUUCAAUAAUUUUUUCAGCUCUUUACCGAAAAAUUUACAAUGCUUUGGAAAUCAGUCAGCCUGGGGAAAAGUAGUCUAUGAUAAUCCUACAGCAACAAUAUGUUAUAAUGAGUCCAACCCAUGUCAAACAGAAAAUGGUAAACACAAUUUUUUUAUUUUAUAGAUAGAUGAUUCAAUCUAUUUUACCAUUGAGCAUGCUAGCAUUGUAGGAUUUAGAGGAACAUAUCUUGAAAAAGCACUGCAAUGGCAUUUGCAAACAUUAUAAAUAGUUUGAGCAAUAAACAAAUGGAACAUUUCUGACACUGUUAAUUUAUGUCUUAUAACUACAAACUUUAUCACUGUGUCAUCCAAUUUAUUUUCAGUGACCUGUCCAGAUAACUCUCACUGUGUGCAUGCUGGGAUUGACCUCAUAGAAUGUCUGUGUGAUGAAGACUAUCAUGGGUAUAAAUGCAUGAAUAAGGUAAUAUCUUGAUUUCUGCAUUGUUUAAAUAAAAUUUGUAUAUGUGGUACAAAGUAUUUUAUAAAAUCAGAAUUUCCCAAAUGUCUGGUCAAUUCCCUGCUCUGGACCGCAAAUGCAAUAUAUCUGAUGCCAAAAUAAGGGAAAAAACUACUGAAUCCUGUUGGGUUGUUUUUGUUAUGCUUUUAGGUGGGGUCGCUCCUCUGGGUUUUGUUUUACCCACCCGAACUCAUCCCGCUAAUUCAGUUUACUUUAGCUGUUGGUAUGCCGCAGAGCAAUUGCCUGUCCACAAAAUGCCAUAGAUAAAAAUUAUCAUUACACCAACAAAAAAGAUUAUGACUUCAAUUUUUCCAUUAGUCACCUUGUAGUUGUAAUGGCUUAUUAUGAAAUUUCAACAUUAAUUGCUGAAACUCAUCCUCAAACACAUGUUCAGAGAUGAAUAGUUCCAGCAAUGCAAAGGUUAGCACCUCAAAUAUAUGAUGAAAAUAGGAGAUUAAGGUGAAAAUGUUGGUAUUAUCAAAUAGCACAGUGCAGUGUGAAGAUAGAUCUAUCAAAGAAGCUGUCCUUCUGAAUUUCACACUGCCAUUAACAUGGUUUUUCUUCCUUGCAAGUCCAUGAAAGUUCACAAAUAUAAGACAAUUAGAUUGGCAAUGUGGUUUGUCUGAUACGAUUAUUACAAUACAACACAUAAAGAAUUUAUCCAUCAUAUACUUCUGACAAAAAUAAACAUCGUAGGAAAACUUUCAAUUUGAUUAAUAAUUACAUCCAUCAAAAUGGCAUUGAUUGGAAGAAAUGUGUUGGAUUGAGUACAGAUGGAGCUUGUGAAAUGGCUGGCACUCAUACAGGACACUGCCAAGGAUGAAAGCUGUGGCAUUACAAGAUAUUGUAUGGGUGCUUUGUAGCUUUCACAGAUAAGCUUAGGCUGUAAAAAAAAAUGACAUUACUUUUAACAGCAAUUAUCCCAUCACGUAUUGUUGACAAUUUGUAAAAUCUAGUCCAGUGGUUCUCAAACUUUCUUUAGCCACGGCCCCCUUGGUGAUAUAAACUCACACCUAGCACUCAACCACCCCCCCCCCCCCCCCAUUAUAACAAUUACAUAAUGCAGAAAAGUGUUGAUAAAUCCAACCCAUUGUACAAUCCAGGACAAAAUCUAGAUAUUUAUUAUAAAUUAUAAAUACAAUGAGCAGACUGGGAUAGUGCAUUCUGCAAACUUGUAAAUUACAAUAUAAAUUGACCUCAGAUUCCGGUCCUUUACCAUUUAUAAUACCCUUUAACUGACCCAGCUUUAACGUUUAUGAUUAGGCCUUAAGCGCACACUACGUUCCACAAUAAAACACCACAUUGUAUAAGUUAAGAAUAUAGUGUAAUUAUGCAUUCACUUUUUUAACGUAUCCUUUCGGAAGGUUCUGUUAGCUACAAAAAACAAAACUGGUCCCAAUUAGCUCAACAGUAAUAGCUAGCACAACCCUCAAUAGAAAGUAACUACACAACUAAAUCUCAAUGUGUAACAUUUAGCAGAGUAUUUCUUUUAAUUGUACUUUCAUUGAAACAGUAAUGAGCUGAUUACUGGGGAAAAAUGAUAUGUCAGCUCUUUAAUCUAGUAUAAUUACGUAUCUAAGAGUAUUAUGUAUCUAACGUUUUCGUUGGUCAAUAACUCUUGAUGCGAUGUUUAGGCUUGGUAAAGUGGUUGCAGUUUUUCAAUGCCUGGCUUAAAUUCUCUCAGCAGAAAAUUAAUAAACCAUGUUCUUAUCAUUGUUUGAUGACAGCACUUAAAGCACCUUCCAACAAUUACAAUGUUGGGAAUGAAACAACAUGCUUUUUAUCCAACUUCAAUGGUGUAGAGUAGCUAUAGAAAUUUCUCUUUUGAAGUCAAAAUAUGGUGUCUUUCUUAAAAUUUUGGCUUCUGCAAAAUUAGCCUCUCUUCCAGUUCACCAACUGCCACAAAUAUGUAACAGAUUUAAUACACAAUCUGUGAUUUAGAUCAAAAUAUUAUUUGACUCCGAUUGUCAAACGUAUGUCACCUUUCUUUAAAAUUUAUAAUUUAAAUUAAAAAUAUUUAUUCUUGAUAUAAAUCUGUAGUGCCUCCUCUGGGAGCCCCAGGAAAACUCCAAAGCCCUCUCAAUGCCCCCCUGAGCUAUCCCACCAUCCACUUUGAGAACCACUGAUCUGUCUAGUCCAAUUAAUUUUUUUUUAAACAUUGAGUCUAUGAUACUGUUGUGUGCUACACCACUAAUACUCCAUAGACAUCUUGGACAGAACUCCUCCAAUGGAUUUUUGGUGUAAUAUCAUCAGGAAUACCAAGUGAUAGUAGAAUACAUUUUUCAUUUCUUUCUCAUAAUCUUAAAUGUAUAGUUAAUAAAUUAUUUUACCUGCUUGUAGUAAAGUUAAUAAAUUAUUUUACCUGAUUUUAGUAAAGUUAAUAAAUUAUUUCACCUGAUUUUAGUAUAGUCAAUAAAAUUAUUUCACCUGAUUUUAAUAUAAUUAAUAAAUUAUUUUAACUGAUUUUAGCUUAAUUAACUAAAGUUUUUGAAAGAGUGUAUGGUUCUGUAUUAUAGUAUAUGAAACAAAAUUAUAUUGACAUUUAAUUAAAUCUAUAGGCCAGAAUUUCUUUAGUGGGUCCGAUGACAUACAAAUAAAAAUGACCACUACACGUGAAAAAAGUUUGGGAAACACAGUAUCCAAAUAAUUAUCCUCAUUUUGGAUUGUUUUCUUAUUGCUUUGUCUAACUUCAGUAAAAAAAACAAGGAUAUACUGUUUAUCAAUUCUGUUACAACUGUAAUUACUGUAAGACUCAUUUAUUUGAUUACAAUUAACGGAGAACAGAUUAUAUUCCUAAAAAUAGUUAAAUGUGCAUGAACAAGAUAUUUUUUUAAUUUUUAAAGGGUUCUUCAUGUCUUUUACAGGGAAAAUUCCCAGUAACUCCAUUUGCCAUCGGACUUUCUAUAUCCACGGUUUUUGUGUGCAUAUUCUUUUGGUUUACGCAGCGGAGAUAUGUGAAAACCAGUAACAAGAACAAGUAAUUUGAUUCAUUUGCUAUUAAAAAACAAUUUAAGUAUAUUCUGAAUUUUUAAAAAUAAUGUUAUCUUCAUAUAAAUAAAGGUAUAAAUAAUAAAUAUUGGAAUGAAAGGUAUUCAUGCAGCAGAACAACAAUUUGGUUUUAAAUUAUUUUCUAAUCUGUAAAAAAAAAAGUUUGGUCUAUUCAUGCAUUAAGUGUACCUGCAUUUUGUUAAAAUAAGCAUUUUAUGGAGGCUAACCAAGUCUGAAGUGAUGUCAGAUCACACCCAGCGAUGUCUUGAGUGUUUAUAUCAUUAUUUUAUUGAUAUCAUUACACUAUCCACAAUAUAUUUGUUUAUAUUUGUAGAGAAUCGUUAUUUUUUAAAAUCAUUUUUAUUGUGUAUAUCAUAUAAAAUAUAAAAUACAGUAUGUAACUUGUAACUAAAAUUUUAUGAAUGAUUUUCAAAACAUCUCCCUCACUAAGAGUAAGAGUGUAUUUAAAAUUUCUAUUGUUUUUCUGGAAAUCUUUUCAUACAAAUUUUGACUUGUUAGAGCGCAUGAAGAAGGAUGUCAUUUCAUCAUACUAAUAAAAUUAUUUAAUACUCAUGUCUCUCAAAAAGCUUUGUAAAUUAAUGCCCAUUAGACACUUGCAAAUAUGCCAUACCAGGUAUGUCUGCUGAGCAUGCAUGAACUUAUAUGAUGUCUUAGCGCAGGAAGUUAGUCUAGUUUAAAACUGAACUACAAUGAUGUUCAUCAUUCCAUAUAAUUAAUUUUUUUCUUUGGCUAUUAAAUUUUAUUUGAGCUUUAUGAAAUAUUUCAACCUCUUUACGUAUACAUGUUUGAUAUGACAUGAAACUAUUCACAUGAUACACCCCCUUGCUCAAAACUAAUGAAAUCAAUGAAGUAUGACAAAGCAGAUCUACAUAAGAACCAAGACAGGUGAGUGAACCAGAAAUUUUUGUGGUUACUCAAUUUUAUUUAGAAUCAUGGAAGAGUUGUUAGAGUCUAUUAAGGCACAUCAUAAAGAUUGAUUGAUAAACGGUUUUAUCAGAUUAGUUAAAUUCUGAAUUUCAAUGGCAGGGCAUCUCAGGUCCAUGGUACAACUGGCAAUCUCCAAAGCUGAGAUCAUUCCCCGGCUCUGCUAUACUAAGAAAUUAAUGACAAUUUAUAUUUCUGUUAUAUCCCAAGGCACGCUUUUUUUUCUUGGGGGGCCUCUAAUUGUAGAAAAAAAAAGAUUUUUAAUGAAAGCUCAGAAAAUUGUUUGCUAAUUUGAGGUAAGGGGAAACUUUGUUAACAGCUGAAGGCCUAAAAUCCUUUACUAGGCCUUAGUUUCCCAUCUGCCAUCUAGAUGAUAAGCUUUCCAUUACCAUCUUUAUUCAAUUCUUUAGUAACUAGCAAUUCUGCACAACUAAAUCAGAUAAGACAACUUUCUGCUACAAUGCAUUAUCAGUUUUUGGAUUUGGGAAUAUUCUAAAAGUCUAGGUUAUCUCCCUUUAGAUUGAUUUUUGUGUACUUGACAGAAUAAAUGACAAUUUAUAAUAGGCGAGCUACACAACAUAAAACUGGAUUAGAUUUUCUCUUUAUUAUUGUUCUGGAAUCUUUAGGGUCUCCCUUUACUCUUUUUCCGACAGCCUCGAUCUCAGGUCAGUCUGUGCUUACUUACAACUACCCCAUCUUAUAUCCCUAAACAUUCAAUUUUUGUUUGAUCUAAUCCUUGCA